UGUUGUUCCCACCUGCGGACAGGUGAGGGAGGGAACCGGAUCACAGAUUACGCUCGGCUUUGUCUGGCUCCGCUCCUCACUGUGCCAAAGUUCAGAACAAUCUGAGGAAGACGACGCUGAACUUCAGCUCUCAGAGGACGAGCUGCUCACAGUUCCUGCUGAAGCAAAGCAUCAUGGUCAACAGGAAGUCCGAGGUCCAGCGAAGGAUCGUGUCCAAAGACGGUCACAACAAUGUUCAGAUCGACAACGUGGAAGGAAUGGUCAAGCUCUACCUGCACGACAUCUGGACGACGGUGGUGGACAUGAAGUGGCGCUACAAGCUCACUCUGUUUGCCUCCACCUUCGUCAUGACCUGGUUCAUCUUUGGAGUCUUCUUUUUCUUCAUCGGCAUGGGGAACGGAGAUUUUGACACUUGGCGCAAUUCUACCCACACAGCCUGCGUGACGAAUGUGGGYACUCUCACCGGAGCCUUCCUGUUCUCUCUGGAGUCGCAGACCACCAUAGGUUACGGUUUCCGGCACAUCUCUGAAGAGUGUCCUCUGGCGAUCUUCACGCUGGUGGCUCAGCUCGUCAUCACCGGCCUGGCUGAGAUCUUUGUCACCGGGGCCUUUCUGGCCAAACUGGCCCGACCCAAGAAGCGAGCAGAAACGAUAAAGUUCAGCCAGGUGGCGGUGAUCUGCAGGCACCAAGGCAAGCUGUGUCUGAUGGUGAGAGUGGCCAACAUGAGGAAGAGUCUGCUGAUUCAGUGCCAGCUCACCGGAAAGCUGUUUCAGUCCAACGUGACAGAAGAAGGAGAGAAGACGCAGAUCCACCAGAGCUCCGUAGAUUUCUACAUGGACACCAGUGGAGACUGUCCGUUCCUGAUCCUCCCGCUCACCUUCUACCACAUCAUCGAUGAGAAGAGCCCRUUGGCAGGACUGACCCCAGAAACCCUGAGCAACCGAGACUUUGAGCUGCUCAUAACGCUCAACGGCACCAUGGAGUCGACCGCGGCCACGUGCCAGAGCCGCAGCUCGUACAUCCCUCAGGAGAUCCUGUGGGGCUACGAGUUCACGCCGGUGCUGUUCAGCUCCUCCAACUGCCGCUACGUUGUUGAUUUCAACUUUUUUGACAAAAUACAAGUGAGCAACGACUCCGCCUGCUCUGGCAGCAGCACAGGAAAGAUGUGACUGAAGCCAGACUGAGAGGACAUGGUUUUACAGUGCUGUGAUCU